AAAGCUCUUCUCGACAGCAACAAUGGAAUCAAAGGUGUUUUUGACAGCAACGAUAAUAGUAGUCCUCUCAGGCUUUAUAGCCUUUAAGCAAAUCAAACCAUCAUCCCAUGAAGACAACUUGUCAGAAUUUGAACUUCUUCCACUUGACGAUGCUGUCGGGCCGGAGAGCUUCGCUUUUGACCCUCAUGGCGGAGGGCCCUAUACCGGAAUAUCCGACGGCCGGAUUAUCAAAUGGCAACAAGAUCAACGCCGUUGGAUCAACUUUGCCACAACUUCCCCACACAGAGAUGGUUGUGAAGGGCCACAAGAUCAUGAUCGAACGGAGCACAUUUGUGGGCGCCCAUUAGGGUUGCGGUUCAAGACAUCCACAGGUGAUCUUUACGUUGCAGAUGCUUAUAUGGGCCUACUCAUUGUGGGCGCCGAUGGUGGCAUGGCCACUAAGCUCGCAACGCAGGCACAAGGCCUUCCCUUAGGCUUCACCAACAGCUUGGACAUUGACCAACGCAGCGGUGUCGUUUAUUUUACAGACAGCAGCACACAAUACCCUAGAAGGAAUUAUAUCUCAGUGAUACUAAGUGGGGAUAAAACAGGAAGGCUAAUGAAAUAUGACCCAGAAAGCAAACAAGUGACUGUUCUUCUCAACAAUCUCUCUUUCCCAAAUGGUGUGCUAUUGGGUGAAAACAGUCACUACAUUCUUGUUGCAGAGACAAGUAGAUGCAGAGUCAGCAAGUACUGGCUAGAAACAUCAAAGGCUGGAACUCAUGAAGUGUUUGCUCAACUCCCAGGGUUUCCAGACAACCUCAGUUGGAGUCCUAGGGGAGGAUUUUGGGUGGCAAUGCAUUCAAGAAAAGGAAGGAUAUUGGAAUGGGUUCUUUCCUAUCCCUCAAUAGGAAAUGCUUUGCUUAAGCUCCCUUUUGACAUCAUGAAAGCUUAUUCCUACUUGGCUAAAUGGAGUGGAAGUGGGUUGGCAAUGAGGUUAAGUGUGGAAGGUGAAAUAUUGGAAAUAUUAGAAGAUAAAAGUGGAAUUAGGUUGACGCCUAUGGCUGAAGUGCAGGAGAAAGAUGGAACUCUAUGGAUUGGAUCAGUAACUAUGCCUUUUGCAGGCAAGUAUAAGAUAGAUAACUCCCUUUAGUUCUGCAUGGACAAGGCAAUAAUGAGGAAAGGCAAAAGGAAAAACGUAUGAUUUAUAAGGAUAUUGUUUGAUUAUCUUCUGAAAGGUUUCUUCUUUUUUUU